ACCGUGAACCCGUCUGGUGUUGUAAACGUCUUGUCCAGUUCACAAUCUAGUCCUAUACAUCAAACACAACGUAAGUAGACACAUGUCUCUUCUCAAUCAACACCUCAAUCAACCCCGAGUCAAUGUCUUCAACGCUGCAGAUCUGUCCAUUUGUCACCUAUUCUCUCAUCGAUCUAUCUGAAAGGCAAUCUGUCUACACUCUAACUUUACUGUACUGCAUCUUCUUCAUCAAUUCUUUACUGUUAUAGACAUAUAAUCACAAAAAUGCAAACAUUUAUUAACAUAUAUUUUGUCAACAGCCCAACAACCUUCUGCUCCUGUACAGUAAUAAUAUAAGUUGACAAUCAUAAUUAAUAUAAUUUUUAAUAGUGAUUCGUAUACUGUGCACAUAUCACUGAUUCGUAUACUGUGCACAUAUCACUGAUUCGUAUACUGUGCACAUAUCACUGAUUCGUAUACUGUGCACAUAUCACCACGACAUUUAUCAGAUAGCAAACAAAAUUCUUUUGAAAAAAGUAAGAAAAAAAAAUGGAGGAAUGGAAAACCGUAAAUAGGCCUAUUGUUUUGUGAUAUGACAUGCUUUUAACGUAUGGAAAUCUAAAAACAUAAUUAAAACUAUUUGGGAUAAUAAGUUUGAUUUUGUUUAACUUAAAAUGUGUCAGAACUAGUAUAGAUCCCACGACCUCCGUAUUGCCAAACAACUUUCUAUCUUUAAAUUGACAGACAUCUGUUUUAUUUUUAAUAAGGUUUCGGUACUGGUGAGGGGCAUUCCCCAUUAACUUGAACAUACUGAAUGCAUCUAGCUAGAUGCGUUGUUUAUUGGUGUAUAGCAUGUUUAUUUCAGUGACAUUCAUGUGUAUAUUAUAUUAUCAGGGCCGUUCAUACGGUUGCUGGCACCCAAAUCGUGCUUAACGUUUGCGCCCCUUUUAAGUACUAUCAUAAAAAUUUGGACAGUACGAACAAUUAACCUACCUUGGAAAGUAUGAACAAUUAACCUACCGUGGGCAGUAUGAACAAUUAGUCUACCGUGGACAGUAUGAACAAUCAGCCUACCGUGGGCAGUAUGAACAAUCAGCCUACCGUGGACAGUAUGAACAAUCAGUCUACCGUGGACAGUAUGAACAAUCAGCCUACCGUGGAUAGUAUGAACAAUUAGCCUACCGUGGACAGUAUGAACAAUCAGCCUACCAUGGGAAGUAUGAACAAUCAGCCUACCGUGGACAGUAUGAACAAUCAGCCUACCGUGGACAGUAUGAACAAUCAGCCUACCGUGGACAGUAUGAACAAUCAACUUAUCGUGGACAGUAUGAACAAUUAGCCUACCGUGGACAGUAUGAACAAUCAGCCUACCGUGGACAGUAUGAACAAUUAGCCUACCGUGGACAGUAUGAACAAUCAGCCUACCGUGGACAGUAUGAACAAUUAGCCUACCGUGGACAGUAUGAACAAUUAGCCUACCGUGGACAGUAUGAACAAUUAGCCUACCGUGGACAGUAUGAACAAUCAGCCUACCGUGGACAGUAUGAACAAUCAGCCUACCGUGGACAGUAUGAACAAUCAGCCUACCGUGGACAGUAUGAACAAUCAGCCUACCGUGGACAGUAUGAACAAUUAGCCUACCGUGGACAGUAUGAACAAUUAGCCUACCGUGGACAGUAUGAACAAUUAGCCUACCGUGGACAGUAUGAACAAUCAGCCUACCGUGGACAGUAUGAACAAUCAGCCUACCGUGGACAGUAUGAACAGUUAUCGUCUGGAUAAUUUUUUUCUUCUUGCCCUUAUGAUCAGCAAAUCUUUUUUAUGCACUUUCUAUUGUUCUUCCGUGGCGCACACAUGCAAUGAUUUUUCCUAUUUUGGAAGAUCGUUGAUGGCACCCUAUGCACAUGGUGCCCCGGGCAACUGCCCGACUUGUCGGUACCUUAAAUAUUAUGUUAGUCAAGAAAAUCGAUGAUUCUACAAACUUUGGUAGAUUAAAAUAUAAUCUUUGACCGAGGUGUUCACCAAACGUCUGCUCAAGGACAAUAACAUUUUGGACCAAAAUUGUCGUGGAAACAAUUUCAGAAACAUUCAAAGCCAACGUUAAACUUAAGACGAGUAUUUUUGUUUGAAAGUCACGAUUGGAAAAGAAAGAAUCUACGAAUGCAACUACUGCACUAGUUACACCAACCAUGUCAGUCACGUGUUUAAGAAACUUCGCAACCAUUUAAAUUUAAAACUUAUUGAAGGGACACAGUUGUAGCUACUCUUUGGUUGUCCACUCUCUUAGUGUCGAUAUGUCUUGGAGUAAUAUCAGUGAUAAAAAUCAAUUAAAUGAAGCUAUCAAUGGCAUAUCAGGUUCCAGUCGUUGUGUAACGUGUUUUAAAGUGACGAGGAGGUGCGUGCCAAGAUAUUGACCCCCUCCUAGACCCCCCCCCUCUCUGAAGUUGACCGCAAAUGCCACCCCUUCAUAUAGUCUAAAGAAAAAUGACUGCCCGGUCAAGACGACCCACCCCCUCCCCCACAAUUUUUUUUUCGCGCCUCUCCUUUACCCUACUACACUGCCCAAAUGGACCUAUGGCUGCUUAUAAAAAUUAUAAAAAUAAAUGGAUUCCUUUGUAAAAGAAACGGGGGUACUAUUAAGGGUGGGGUGGGAUAUUUAAGGUAAACUCCCGUUCGAGACACCUUCGCAUGCUGCAAUGUCGACGGCAGGUGAGUUGGCAGUGUUUCUCAAACACACACACACACACUGGCACACACCCACAUCAUCAUUUCAAACAUGUGAAGCACAUGCAGUGGCCUACUAGUAUGAACAAAGUCGUUUUAGAGGUUCAAGAUAAUGUCACAAGCGGCGUUUUUAAGAAGGUAUGCAUUUUAAAAGACUCACUUUUGUUUACCUCGUCAUCAGUUCCUAAGGCUGGUUCUUUCUUCAGUCAUCAAUCAUGAGUCCACCAAGUGUUAGCACUGCUGAUGGAUCCGGCAAGAGUUUUGACCUCCAGAAGUAUCACAUUUCCUACAACACGGGCUUUAUGCUGGAGGAUCCGUUAGUAAGUAGUUCUCACGUAUAAUAAAAUACUAAAACGUAGUCUCGAAAUGUAAGGGAAGGGAAUUGAGUGCAAUAAAUCGAUCGAGUCAAUAUAAUUAUUAGCAUCGUGAUCUAAUUUACAAUAAAAGCAAACCUGUACAUCUCUUCACAAAAUACUGUUGUUAUUUUUUUAUUUUUUUUAAUGAUCAUUUGAAUUUAAAAGUUUUGCUUAUUAUUUAAAAUCCUAGACUAGUCUGCCUCCGUACUUUGACCAAUGGCACGUUCUAGCAAGUUCUGUGCCAAAGUUGCUGAUAGAAAAGAAAGUCAGAGAAGCUGUGUCAAAGGUAGGUCAGUGUUCGGUCACGAAUGGAUUGACAAAUGUGUUUAUAUUUUGACAAACCAAGCUUUUAAAAAUAUCAUGUUAAACACUUUUACAUUAUUGAGAUUAUUUGCAAAUUUUGCAUAGCACAAAGUAAACAUAGCAUAGCACAUUAUAGUAAUUGAACAUAGCAUAAUACAAACUGACAUUUCAAUAGAUAUUAGAAUUGGUUUUGGGUCGGGGUGUGGGGUGGGAGCUGUGAAUUUUCAGGUAAAUUAUUUAUCAGUUUCUCAUCUCUACAAGAUGUGUAUUUCAUUAAUAUAUAUAUAACCUAAUUUACUAUAAAAAAAAUUGUAUGGUAUUAAAAUAAAUAACUAAAUAUUAGGCUGCGGAAAGGUAACUCAAAUAAAUAAUACUAAACAAACUUUAUCACAGUUGCCAGUUUUAGACCAUGAAAAGUUGGCCAGUUACCGCCAGUUAAGACUUGCUCAUCUACAACUGAGCUACAUCACGGCUGCUUAUGUCUGGCAGAAUGGGGACAAAGACCCACCUCAGGUGUAGUAUUAAUUCUUAUUUAAACAGAUAAUCACACAUUUUCUGAUUUCUAUUAAGCUGAGUAAAUGAGUAGGCCUACAUAAUUAUUAGUUACUGCCUUGUGAAUCCUUCAUAAAAUGUUAUUCAACUACCUAUUUACUUUAAAAAGUAGAAUAUUUUUGUCAUCGACAAGAAAAAGGAAUAUUUUAGAUGUGAUUAUGUUUAUCUAGAUGCAGCUGCUUUUAAGUAUUAUAAAUUAAUGAAAAGUGAAUCAGAAGAAAAAUAAUCCACACAAUUUUGCUGCUUCUCAAAGGUAUAAUGUGAAAAUAUUUAAGAAAAUAUCAGUUAUGUUUGUUUCCUAAAAAUGUUGUAGAUCUGUAGACUAACUGACAAUUUCAGUGUUUUCAAUUUUAUUUACAUGGGUUAACAGUUUAAAGUAAUAUAUUGUAAAUUAUUGUUAAAUGUAUGCAUUUAUCUCAAUGACAUAAUUAUAUUUUCUACUGUUCCUAUAUUGAAAAUAUUUUUUUGAAAGUUACAAUUAUGUUUCAUCAUUUUUCUCUGGAUUAAAUUAUUGGUACUUUAUAUUGUAUAUGCAUUCAAUAAUCAUUUGCAUGCUAUCUAAAUAAAUAAUCUAUUCUUCAAUCAUAAAAGUGUUCAAAUGUGUUGAUAUUGUUUCUCAGGUCCUGCCUAAAAGUUUGGCUGUUCCACUUUAUGAAAUAUCUAGAAAGCUUGGUCUACAACCUGUUUUGUGUCACACUGAUCUGGCACUGGCAAAUUGGAAAAAGAAAGAUCUCAAUGG